UUCCGGGCGGCGGAUUCGAGGACUUGUGGAGUCUCUAGCGGCCUCGCGGAGGGGCUGCCGCCGCGCCGGCCAUGCCUUCCGAGGGCCGCUGCUGGGACACCCUCCAGGCGCUGCGCACUUCUGACAAGGGUCGUCUGUGCUACCACCGCGACUGGCUGCAGCGGGGCGAGGAUGUUUUAGAAGAAUGUAUGUCUCUUCCCAAGCUGUCCUCUUACUCUGGAUGGGUGGUAGAUCAUGUCUUACCCCACACACAAGAGAACCCACCUGCCUCUGAGACUUCGACCUCUUCUAGAUCAACUUCAAGCCUAGAUCAGCCUUCCUUUGUUCCUACAUCUCCCCGCAGAAACCCUGCCUCCUCACCAGUCUCCUUGGUAACACCUGAUGGAACCAAGGGCAAACAUGAAUCCCAGCACACAGACACCCUGGCUCUUCAGUCCUCCCGGGGGGUUAAAGUGGAAGGCUGCAUCCGAAUGUAUGAGCUGGUGCACAGAAUGAAAGGAAUGGAGGGCUUGCGGCAGUGGCGGGAGGAGCAGGAGAGGAAGGUGCACGCCCUCUCUGAGAUGGCGUCGGAACAGUUGAAGCGGUUUGAUGAGCGGAAAGAGCUGAAGCAGCAUAAGGAAUUCCAGGACCUACGGGAAGUGAUGGAGAAGAGCUCCAAAGAAGCCCUGGGCCACCAGGAGAAGCUAAAAGCUGAGCAUCGUCACAGAGCGAAGAUUCUCAACCUGAAGCUGAGGGAGGCGGAGCAGCAGCGCCUCAAGCAGGUGGAGCAGGAGCGGCUGCGAAAGGAAGAGGGCCAGGCCCGCCUCCGUGGCCUGUACGCCCUGCAGGAGGAGGUGCUGCACCUGAGCCAGCAGCUUGACUCCUCCGAGCAGCACAGGGACCUGCUGAAAGUCGACCUGUCCGCCUUCCAGACCCGAGGCAACCAGCUUUGUGGCCUCAUCUCGGGGAUCAUUCGGACCACUUCUGAGAACGGCUGUCCCACAGUGGAAGACCAGGCUGUGGCUGAGCGGGUACUGCAGGAAAUGCGGGACCUCCUGGCUAGCCUGCAGCAGGAGCUUGCCAGGGCCUCUGAGGAGAAGCGGAGGCGGAACGAAGAGGAGGCCCAGGCGAAGCUUCGGGAAGCACAGAUGCAGCAGCGGCCAGAGGACCGCAAAGAGUCCCUGGCUGCCAGCCUGGGCCCAGGAGGAAAACAGAAUGAAGACCUGCAGGUGAAGGUGCAAGACAGCACGAUGCAGUGGUACCAGCAGCUGCAGGAGGCAGGCAGUCAGUGCGUGAGGGCCUUCGAGGGACUGACCAACAGCAAAGACAGCCAGACCAAAAAGAUAAAGAUGGACCUCCAGAAGGCAGCCACCAUCCCCGUGAGCCAGAUCUCCACCAUUGCAGGCUCGAAGCUGAAGGAGAUCUUUGACAAGAUCCACAGCCUGCUCUCUGGGAAGACUGUUCAAUCUGGAGGCCACUCCGUGUCCGUCACGCUCAAUCCCCAGGGCCUGGACUUUGUCCAGUACAAACUGGCAGAGAAAUUUGUGAAACAAGGAGAGGAGGAGGUGGCCUCCCAUCAUGAAGCCGCGUUCCCCAUUGCAGUGGUGGCGUCUGGGAUCUGGGAGCUGCACCCCAGAGUGGGGGACCUCAUUCUUGCUCAUCUGCACAAGAAGUGUCCUUACUCCGUGCCUUUCUAUCCAGCUUUCAAGGAGGGAAUGGCCUUGGAAGACUAUCAAAGGAAGCUUGGUUACCAAGUGAAGGACUCCAAAGUGGAACAGCAGGACAACUUUCUGAAACGCAUGUCUGGGAUGAUCCGCCUCUACGCUGCCAUCAUCCAGCUCCGGUGGCCGUAUGGAAACCGACAGCUGGCUCACCCUCAUGGCUUAAAUCAUGGCUGGCGCUGGCUGGCACAGAUCUUGAACAUGGAGCCCCUGUCAGAUGUGACAGCCACCCUCCUCUUUGACUUCUUGGAGGUGUGUGGGAAUGCCCUCAUGAGGCAGUACCAGGCCCAGUUCUGGAAGAUGAUACUUCUCAUCAAAGAGCAUUACUUCCCCAGGAUUGAAGCCAUCACAAGCUCAGGACAGAUGGGCUCCUUCAUUCGCCUCAAGCAGUUCUUGGAGAAAUGUUUGCAGCGCAAGGAGAUUCCUGUCCCCAAAGGCUUCCUGACGUCAUCCUUCUGGCGUUCCUGAUGCUCCCGGUUGCCCAGCACCAGCUCCGUGGUGCUGCAGCAGUGCAGUAAUAAAGCAACCGCAGACUCCUCACUGGGGAGAAGUCAUGUCAGAUCUAGACCUCUGCUGAGCCGUAUUUCAUGUGUUCGUCCCUUGUGACUAGGAGAGAAGAUGGCGUGGGUUCCAGACUCUAGGUGGUCCCUCAAUAGGUCUGUGGCUCCUUAAGGCUCCACAUGAAAGAGCAAAGGGAAUGGGCCUUUCUCGCUUUUGCAAGAAUUAUGAGAAGAGGGGUUAGCACUCGAUUUCGCCCUUUGUUUCCUUGUCUCUGGUAUCUUUCAGAAAGUAGGUACUAGACCUCAGCCAGUUCACCUAGCUGCAGUGAGCACACCACUUUUACUUCCCCCUCGCCCCCACCCCAAUUCCUGUUCAGAGGAAUUCCCAGAAAGAGCAAAGGCGCAUAAAGUCCCCUUCAAAGCAUCCGUUUAGCAGCUGAGGCCCAAAUCCUUACCUCCACGUCUGAGUCACAGUUGUUUGGCUUUUCUCAGCUUGCGCAGUAAUUAUAAAUUCAGAGGCGCGGCCUGCUGGAGCCGGGCUGAGGCCUUGCGCCAAAGUGCUUGGUGUCCUGGGACCUGCGCACAUACUGCAUUGGGCCAAGAAGCACCGUUCGUCCUCUUCCUUUGGAGUUGGGCCCUGGGUGGGGGCGCGCGAGCCAGGGCAGUGCCUUUUUGUUUUUCAGCUUGACUUGAGGUGGGCAUGCACCAUUCCACACGGCCCGAGCCUCCACAGUGAACCGGGUGGAGUAAGGGGUGUGAGGGAGGAAGGGAGAACUGCUUGCUAGAGUUUUAGGUCUUCUGACUAUUGAUGGUGAUAGAUUUGCCUGACAAAAGCCACUACAAACAUCCAGAGCUUGGCUGUCAGAUAAGAGUUGAGAUUGUGUGGAAAGACUGUUGCAUGUGCUGGAGGGGUGGCCCCACCUUACUCUGUGCUGAAUGUCGUGUGGUGGGGUGGGGGGCAGCCCCUGCUGCUCUUGAGCGGCUUGAAGUGACCUUUUGCAUGAAUUACUGACUUUGGUGCCAAAAACUAAGGAAUAAAGCUUGAUUCUUCACAGCCCCUUGGUCUCGCGGGUCUGGUGUGGUCACGUUCCUUCCCUGAGCUGUGUAAGUCUCUAGGGGUGUGGUAGGUACAGUCUCUGCAUGGAUGCGUCUGUGUUUUUCCUCUUUUGUCUUCCUCACCUUCACCUUGGGAGAACUGCUGUUUUCUGGCAUUCCUUUAUGAAUUAUGUGCCAACAGCUGGCCCUGUUUCAUCUAGCAGAAGUAGCAAAGUGCUGAAGUCUUUUACUGUGACGCAGCAGGAGGAGUACUGCAGGAGGAGUCAGGAGACCUGGGCCCAAUUCACUUUUAGGUUUUGUGACCCGAACCUUAGUAUCCCCACCUGUGGGACCAAAAAAUGGGACAAGUUGUUAGAUGAGUAGUUUUCCAACUGUCUGGUAGCAGCGUCUU